GAGAUCCUUUCAGCUGCAGCAGAGAUCCUCUGAACGAGAGAAAGCUUUCUUUGAUCCAUUCCGUCUCUCUCUCUCUCUCUCUCUCUCUCUGGAAGACUCGUCACUUUCCACACAAGCCCCUCUCUUGUACAGCGAGGCUGAAUGUUCGGGCUCCGCACCCGUGUGUGAAAAGCCCCAGUCUCUGAGCUGUUAAGGACAGCCGCUGGGUUAUUUUUCCACCGGGCCACCCCUGACAGUCGCCUUUAUUGUUCAUUGUUCAGUGUGUGUGUGUGUGUGUGUGUGUGUGUGUGUGUGUAAGAGGGGGGGGUGGACAAAUGGAGCAUACUCUCACCUUCCUGUGGGGGGCAUGAGGUCAGGUCAGCUCCUGUGACUCCCUCGUUUUUCUCCCUUUUUUCCUCAUCUGUUUUCCCCCGGUGAGGAAUGUGGCCCCUCUCAAGGUAGAGGCAGGGAACAAAGGGGAAUUGUCCAGUGUGUGUGUGUAUGUGUGUGUGUGUGUGUGUGUGUGUGAGAGAGAGAGAGAGAGAGAGAGAGAGACAGAGAGAGAGGAGGUGUAGCUUGUAGAAGUGACCUGUAAAUCCAUAGACCUACUUAGACACAUUUGCUCUGGAACAUCAUGAAAGAAAGAAAGAAAGAGUGUGACUUUGACAGAGGGUAAGAUGAAAAGAAAGAAAGGAAGAAAGGAAGACAGGAGUGAGAGAGGAGAGAGAGAAGAGAGCGAGAGUUUGUGACAUUGACAGAGGGUAAGAUAGAUAGAUAGAUAGAUAGAUAGAAAGAAAGUAAGAAAGAAAGAAAGAAAGAAAGAAAAAAAGAAAAAGAAGUGACCUGAAAUCCAUGGACCUACUUAGACACAUUUGUUCUGGAACACCACGGUAAUGUCUCUCUCACACACACACACACACACACACACACACACACACACACACACACACACUAGUGAAUGAUUUAACCCUUCCUUUCCUACAUCACCUGAAACACGGGUCCCAGGUCUCCCUGGCACUAAAUCCAGCACUGCCUCCAGAGGUACGGUGCAGAUCCUAAAACCCUGGAGAGUCUCUGACCUCUGACCUCUGACCCCUGCAGGUACCCCAGACAGCCUGGCGGAGAAGGAGAGGCAGCUGAUGGGGAUGAUCAGCCAGCUGAGCAGCCUGAGGGAGCAGCUGUUAGCCGCCCACGAGGAGCAGAAGAAGCUGGCCGCCUCGCAGAUCGAGAAACAGAGACAGCAGAUGGAGCUGGCCAAGCAGCAGCAAGACCAGAUUGCUCGACAACAGCAGCAGCUUCUGCAGCAACAGCACAAAAUCAACCUCCUGCAGCAACAGAUCCAGCAGGUCCAGGGUCAGCUGCCACCUCUGAUGAUACCUGUUUUCCCUCCAGACCAGAGGACUCUGGCAGCAGCCGCAGCCCAGCAAGGAUUCCUCCUGCCCCCAGGCUUCAACUACAAACCCGGCUGCAAUGACCCAUACCCCCUUCAACUCAUCCCAACCACCAUGGCAGCUGCUGCAGCUGCCACACCAGGCCUCGGACCCCUUCAGCUUCAGCAGCUGUAUGCAGCUCAGUUGGCAGCCAUGCAGGUAUCUCCGGGGUCCAAGCACAGCGCCGUGACCCAGUCCAACCUGGCAGCAGGGACACACUCGCCUACCAGUGGCCAAAGCGAGAAGUGCAGGAACAGCCCACCACCCAAGGUCAAGGACGAGGGCGCUCAGCCCCUGAAUCUGUCAUCCAAGCCUAAGACAUCCGAGAGCAAGUCACCCACCUCCCCCGCUUCCCCACAGGUCCCUGCCAUGAAGCUGGGUCCCGGAUCCGUGAAGCACAGUGCCCCCUCAAGCAUCGGAGGACCUCCGCCCCGAGUCAGCUCCAUAGACCUGCUGUCGUCCAUCACUUCCGGAGGCUACCUGAACGACCACGAGGCCGUGAGCAAGGCCUACCAGGAGGCACGGCAGAUGAAGGAGCAGCUGAAGAGAGAGCAGCAGGUCCUGGACGCCAAGGUGGCAGCGGUUAACAGCCUCACAAUCAACAACGGACGCAUGGAGAAGGAGAAAGCAGCUCUUGAAAGCUUGAGUCAGCAGAUGAAGCAGUCCGAGGAGAACAAGUUCACUCACGCCAUGAUGGACUUCGGCAUGAGCGGCGACUCCGACGGCAGCCCCAGCGUAUCAGACUCGAGGAUUUUCCGCGAGGCUCGAGGUCGUGGUAACAGUGAACCGCACAUCAAGAGGCCCAUGAACGCCUUCAUGGUUUGGGCAAAAGACGAGAGGAGGAAAAUUCUGCAGGCUUUUCCCGACAUGCACAACUCCAACAUCAGCAAAAUCCUCGGUUCCCGCUGGAAGGCUAUGUCUAAUCUGGAGAAGCAGCCGUACUACGAGGAGCAGGCGCGUCUCAGCAAGCAGCACCUGGAGAAAUACCCCGACUACAAGUACAAGCCCCGGCCCAAGCGCACCUGCCUGGUGGACGGCAAGAAGCUGCGCAUCGGCGAGUACAAGGCCAUCAUGCGCAACCGCCGGCAGGAGAUGCGCCAGUACUUCACUGUGGGGCAGCAGACCCAGUUGCCGCUCUCCUCAGCGGGCGUGGUCUACCCCGGCGCGCUCUCCAUGGCGGGCAUGCCGUCCCCUCAGAUGCCGUCCGAGCACUCGAGCAUGUCCAGCAGCCCUGAGCCGGCUCCGCCCACUGGCCCGCCCUCAUACCUCAGCAUCAGCAAGGGGGACAAGCCUCGCAUCAAGGAGGAGGUGCUGCGGAUGGACGAGAGCAACGGCGACGCCUACGACGACUUCGACUACGAGGACGACGACGGAGACUUCGGGAGCGACAGCGAAAACCACGUCGCGCAGUAAAUUAAAAAAAAAAAAAACAACAAAAAAAAACCUUUUUAUUUUCAGAGCUGAUCCCUCGUUGUUGUUGUUGUUGUUUUGGUUUUUUUUUGUCCCGCCCUGCCUCUAUCUCCAUCCACCCAAUCAGGACUCGGAAAGAGCCACGCCCGCAUCCCACGACCCACAUGUCCCCUCCCCCACCCUCCCUGAUACCAGCAGCAGCAAAGCACAGGACGUUUCAGAGUAACUGUUACACUAAACGAGAACGUCGGACGUCACGUGAACCUCACGCGCAAACACAUCUCGAGUAAGCUACAGGAAGUAUGAUAUGAUAAGAUAUGAUAUGAUAUGAUAUGACAAGAUAAGGAAACUUUCACACACAAAAGAACUUAUUAUAAAAAAAAAAACCAGGACCUGUUCGUCGGACCUGCUUGUCUAUAAAGAGACUCUUUUUUUUUUUUUCCUUCUGGGUUCUAUAAUAUUCUCACUCAGGUACACGGUGCCAACAAGUGGCUUGUGAAUGUGAUUUGUUGUUUUUGUGCUUACGGUUUUAAUAGAGAUAAAAGAAGAAAAAAAAAACAAAAACAUUUAUUUUCCUGGUUUUGACGUUAAAAAAAAAAAUAAAAAUAAAAAAAAGUACCAGACAGGAGAAGUAACACUUUACCUUUUAUUAUUUUUGUUUUUUGUUUUUUUUGUUGUUGUUGUUUUUUUUUACUUCCUGCUUGUGUUAGGUAUUAAGCCCCUUCACUGAAUCCUGUAUCUCACACACACACACACACACACACACACACACACACACACUUUUUGCAUGAACGUUGGACGGGGAUCGAGGGCUGUGUUUCACUCCUGUACACUUUCUUUUUCGGCACUUAUGAAAUCCACUGACCCGUAUAUAUAUAUUUACUGUUUGGAUCAGGUUUUAUUUUAUUACACACACACGCACACACAUUUCAAUCCACAAACAGGCCUAAUGCGAGGCAGCAGGACGGAAAUAUAAGCGGCGUGUUCCUGUGAGAACGCGAAAACUGCAGAAUUGAGAUCCGGCCUCUCUUGCUCCGUCUCGGCCCCUCGGUUCUGUAUCUAAACAGACUGUUUUCGCCAUUAUGGAGAACGCCGAGCUUCACGGUUCCAAGAGAAACAGAGAUGGAGAACAUGUGAGAGGAAAAAUCUCCAUAGACUAGAGUUUGGCGCUGAACAGAAAGAGAGAGAGAGAGAGAGAGAGAGACAGAGAGAGAAUGGAGGGGUUUUAUAGACGCCCACAUUGUGCUUAAGCAAGGAAACCUCCAGAGCACUGAGGAACUCUGUGUGUGUGUGUGUGUGUGUGUGUGUGUGUGUGUGUGUGAGCGAGCGGACGUCUCGCUAACCCCUCAUCGAAACAUCCCUUCCUUUAAUUCUCCUCGUGCCACCCUUUCCCACAAUAUCACUCUCAUCGCUUUCCCUCCUGUUGCUCCUUAUAGGGACCGUGUUGCCGCGGCAACACUUUGAUCGACAGCUCUCGUGCACACAAACGCCCCAGUCCGCUCUUCUCAUCAUCCUCGUCGUCGUCGUCCUUCUUUCCCCUUCUCCGUCUGAACGUGUCACGCGUUUCCGAUCGGUCGGACUCUGACCUCACAGUUCCAUGCCCCGCCCCCAUUUUAUUUUCAUUUUUAAAUGCGGUACUAACGCAGUGAGGUUUCGAGCUCUCGUAUCACGUGGUAUGUUAUGCAUGGGGUUUUUGUUUUGGUUUGGUUUUUUUGUUGUUGUUUUUUUUUUCUUCCCCGUCACUCUGCUGUCAAAAUCUUCGCUGUUUGAAGGAGGAGCGCUCUGAGUUUUCACACUCUGCAUGUCGAAUAGUUUUAUUUUGUAUUUGAAUACUGUAUUUUAAUUUUUUUUAAAUUUUUUUUUUUUAAAUAUUCAGACUGCCUCUAGUGUAAAAAAAAUAAUAAUAAUAAUAUUAUUAACAAUAAUUAUAAAGAUGGUCAGCUUGUUUUGGGUUGUUUUUUUUUUCUAAGUUUAGUAUGUUGUGUACAGUAUAAUUUAUUUUUCACCUCUUCUUGGUUGUUUUUUUUUUUUUAAUUAUUAUAAUUUACAUGAUAAAAACUGCUUUAUAAAGCUUAUUAUAUUUAGCUGGUAGGUAUGUAGAUCUAAUUACUCUGUGCUUUUUGAUUUUUUAAAAACAUUUUCAGUUUAUUAAUCCUGUUUCUACGCUGGUAUAUCUCAGAAAUGAUCACAAGGAACUGCUGAAAUGAAGGAUUUUUUUUUUUUUUUUUUUUUUUUUUUUUCCGUCAUUCAUGAACUCCUGAACCCGUUUCUGAAAGCACUAGGACUCUGGAUAUUCAGAGAAAGAAGAAGAAGAAGAAGAAGAAGAAGAAAAAGAAAAAAAAAAAAACAAGAACAUCAUCACACUUUUUUUUGUUGUUGUUGUUGUUGUUUUUUUUAAUUAUUAUUAUUAUUUGUUAUUAUUUCUAAUGAUUUUAUGUACAAUGUGAAAUUUUCUAUCUCUUUUAUUCCUCUUUGUUUUAUCAACGAUUUUAUUCGCCCCCGAUAUCAGUGAACAAGACGUUCAGGAUGUUUACUGGGAUUUGUAGUCCUGUCGAGACUCGGUGGAAUCUCAUUAGUCCAAAAAAAAAAUUAUAUAUAUAUAUAAUAUAUAUAUAUUAUAAUAUAUAUAUAUAUAUAUAUAACAAAUUUGAAGUCUCCUCCAGUUUGGACGUGUUAAAGAUAAUUCUAUCAAAAGAAAUAUCUAUCAAAAAUUCGAAGAGGCUCAUGUGAUGCUCCACCGAGUGACUCAUAUCAGAUACGUGACCUCUCCGGGACUCCAUGAUGGAUUUGUUUUAGCUCCACGCCAUGCCCGAAACCUUUUAAAAUCAUAAAAUCACAACAUUAACAUUAGUUUCCAUCCUGAUGUGUAAUUUUUUAUUAUUAUUAUUAUUAUUAUUAUUAUUAUUUUUUCAAUCACAAUCAGGACCCUUUAACAAUCAUACAUAUUCUGAAGGACAGGGUCUAAAGCUGUCAAUCAUUUAUUAUAUAAAGCAUGACAUUUUUUUGCUAUGAAUAAUAAUAGAUAAGACAAUCAAGGUCAUGGGUGGAGCUCAAAACAAAAGUGAAAAAAAAAAAUUCAAACUAAAACACACACACACACACACACA